AUGAACAACUUCCCUCCAAACCCGGGUUACCUAAACCCACCCGAUCAAGCUCAUGGCGCACCAAAUCUUCAACAACCGAAUUUUGCUUUUCUGGAUAAUGCCAUCCGCGAAUCGCGGCAGGAUUUGGCCAUGAUGCAAAAUGAACAGCAACAGCAGCAACAGUACGCGAUGUGGAUGCAGCAACAGGCCGCGUACCAAGGAGGUCAAGUCCAGAAUCAUCAGGGUCAACCCCAUCAUCAGUACCAGCAGCACGGUCAGAUGAUGCAGAAUGACCAGAUGAAUCAGAACGCUCAAAUGCAUCAACCAAACGUUCAGCAGCGCGCACCUGAUGGAACUCGUCCUUUAGGUCACUACGGCGCACUGGAAAUGUACAAUAAUCAGGCUCAGCAGCAGGGCCACAUGGUAGCGGCUGGCGGUGUCCCAAUGCAGAAUCACAAUCAAGCAAUGGAACAAAACGGGGCCAGGCCGCAAAUAAACCAAAGAUUGCCACCAGUCCACAUUCCCAACGGAAAUGGAAACCACCAAAUGCGAAACGCAGCAUCCGGUCACGUGGCCCAUCAACAACGGGAAAUGAUGCAUACCCGUCUGCCACCACUCAUCAACACUUAUCCGCCACUUCAGAAGGUAAGUCAUUAACCCAACUGUCAGAUUCAAUAAAACCUCAUCAAUUCCAGAACGAUAACGCUGCACACUCUCGCAACUCUUCUGUCGCAUUGCCUCUGCAGCAAAUGGAGGGUAUGCUCGAAAGACCAGAGAACGCGAAUCAUCCACCACAACAGGCAAGUCUGUACCUCUUUUUCGUGUACGUUCUCAGUUUCAGAUUCCGUUUGCACAUCAAGCUAAUCCGCACGAACACCAACGUCAGAUGGCAGGAGCGAGAGGAGCGGGGAGAGCGAGAAAUUGGAACAAUCAUAUGCCUCAACCUGCUCAUACUUCUCUGACGGCAAUGGACCACCGUGGUGUCCAUCAACGCCAACACCAUCAGCGAGAACCCGCUCAGCAAUUUCAGCAAGUUGGACAUCCUCCGACAAACUUUCCGGGAAUGAACGUUUACAACAUGGGACUUCCAUACCCUGAGCACAUGGAAUGGCAGCCGGUAAUCUAAACAAAUUUUAAAAUUAGAUAAUGAUAGAAACACAAUUUUCAGGGGAUGAACAUGCCUUAUGGACCGGGACCUCCAGUACAUGGGCCUGCCGUUCCGCCAGCCGUCACAGAGGCACCUCAAGGAUCGACCGGACGCGGGGGACGCGGCGGACGAGGAGGACGCGGAGGACGGGGAGGACGAGGAGCGGCGACCACGGUUAGUUGAAGUAUUUACAAACGAAACCGUUAUUCUGCUCUAGUCAGUGCUUUGGCUAGUUAGCUCUUUUUGAAAAUAAGGUCAUUGCCCAUUAGGAUUGAAAUGAUUUAGUAAGCAGGCAUAAACGAGAUAUUUUUCAGACACCUAGGAAACCACGGGCAAGCAAGAAAAAGACGCUGGAAGCCGAGGAAGCCGGAGGAGCAGUGGCUGAAAGCGGAGUAGAAGAGCGCAAUCAGAAUCCGUACAUGACGCAGCAUAUCAGUAUGGGAAACAUGCCGGGAACGAGUGCAGAAUACUACGGCGGAAACAUAUACUCUUCAGCUCAGACGUCUGAAUUGCAGGCGUAUCAUGCUAUCAAUUCAAUGGUGCAUCAACCAGUAACUGCCAGCGGAGCCCGACCAGUGGAAGCAAGCGGAAGCGAGGAGCGAAUUCAGAAUCAAUACAUGUUCCAGCCGACAAGUAUGCAGAAUAUGCAGGGAACGAAUGCAGCACACCACGACGAGACCGUGUACCGUUCAGACCAGACGUUUGAGCGGCAAACUUAUUCAGCCAUGAAUUCAAUGACGGAUAAACCAGUGGCAGCGAGCGGAGCCAGAGAAGUGCCAGAAAGCGGAGCCGGAGCAGAAGUAGCAAGCACAGCCGAAGAGCGCCAUCAGAAUGAGUACAUGAUGCAGCCAACAAAUAUGGGCAAUGUUCCGAGAACGAGUGCAGCACACCACAACGAGAACAUGUAUCGUUCAGACCAGACGUUUGAACGGCAAACUUAUUCUGCCAUGAGUUCAAUGACGGAUAAACCAGUGAGCGGAGCCGGAGAAAUGCCAGAAAGCGGAGCCGGAGCAGAAGCAGCAAGCGCAGUCGAAGAGCGCAAUCAGAAUCAGUACAUGAUGCAGCCAAUAAAUAUGGGCGAUGUUCCGAGAACGAGUGCAGCACACCACGACGAGAACAUGUACCAUUCAGACCAGACGUUUGAACGGCAAACUUAUUCUGCUAUGAGCUCAAUGACGGAUAAACCAGUGGCAGCAAGCGGAGCCGGAGAAGUGCCAGAAAGCGGAGCUGGAGCAGAAGCAGCAAGCGCAGUCGAAGAGCGCAAUCAGAAUCAGUACAUGAUGCAGCCAACAAAUAUGGGCGAUGUUCCGAGAACGAGUGCAGAACACCACGACGAGAACAUGUAUUCUUCAGCUCCGACGUCUGCCUUGCAAUUGUGUCCUGCUGCGAAUUCAAUGGUGCAUGAAACUCAGAGGCGUGAACGGGACGAGAUGACUAUAAAUGAGUUUAUUUGUGGAGAAGAACAAUCGCGCAACAACUUUGAAACCUGCAACGAUGAACUCAACCGGGAAUGUCAACAGAUACUGGAGAUCCAGAAACAUCAAGAAGAGCUUCUCAGUCAAAACAGUGGUCAGCAGCAACAAACAGAGGAUGAACAACGUUAUCAGGAACGUCAAGGGCAGCUACAGGAACUGGAUAUGCAUCAAGAAUGCAAACAGGAAUUUGAAAACCAACGUCAAACACUGUUGGUUGACCAAGACGCGGCGAGGCUCAGAGAGCAGGACGAAGUGCAGGCGGGGCAACAACAAAAGCGAGAAAAAGUGGUUCAAGAUGAGGAAGCGGAGAGAAAAGGCGAAGAAAACGAGCUGUUGGUGUGUGAGAAGUUUGAACGCAUACAGGUCACGACCGACGAACCACAGCGCUUGCAAGUACAGGUCCCCGAGAGUAACACAGGUGAGAAGAUAAGAAAAUGUGCAUAAAAUGUAAAAUCCUUUCUUUUCAGAAUCGGUCACUCAGUUAGUGCCGGAAGAACUCGGCUCAAAGGAACCGGGAGUCUCUCCGUGCGUGUCUUCGAAGCAAACUCCACCAGCUCAACAACAGGGUAAGUGAACAUAAAGUUUUCUACCCGAUACUCAACCGUUAUCUUUUCAGUGACUCCUCCAAACUCUGUCUUCUUGACUCCUUUUGCUUCGUCUCCUGAUGUCAACCCUGGGACAAACGUACAAGUAAGAAAUCGACCACAUUUUGCAAAACAAGCGGUUAUUUUUUCAGACGACAGAACGGAACCUUCUGAAUGACGAAGCAAGAGCGAAGCGAAACUUGUCUCAAGGGUCCACGGCUUGCACAAGCAGAAAUGAAGAACAAGACAAAGACAGCCAGAGAGCGCCGCAAUCUGACAACGAGAAACAUGAAUUGUCUAGAUUCUUCAACGCUCACUCUGAAAUUCGAACAAUUGUGAAUUCCAUUGAAAUAAGUUCAAGUUCUACGGGAAAUCAAAGCGAUGUACAAGGCAAGAUCAUUUCCAAUCCUCUUCUCAACGCUCCUCUCACGGAAAAAUCUGCCAAAGACAAUGCUGUCGUAGAAUCUGGUGGAUCUCUUCUGCAGUUCGAAUAUGAUAGAUGGAACCCAACCCCCGAAGAAGAUGCAGCAGUUGUUAAACCGGUACCAACUGUGAUUGCACAUUCAGCUAAAGACUUAAACAAUGGUGCAUGCGACGCAAUAGAAAAAAACGCCAUGGCCGGUGCAAAUGCUGAUAUUGACUCCCGCUCUCAACUGACAGUUGAAGUGACGCUUGUUUCGUCGGUGUUGGAAAAUGUCAAAUCUCCUGUUGAAGAAAUGGAAAGCAACGAAUCGGAGAUACCAAUUUCGAAUGCGCAAAAAAGCAACGUUCCGUUCGGGUGGCUUCCCAACUACAGCUCUUCAAACCUUCCUGCUGCCGCCGAUGUUCAUUCAUUCAACACGGAGUGUAUUUCGACCUUGCCACAACCGUCCCCAGUGACAACGUCUGUCAUUAUUAACAACGGAUGUUUAGCCAAUGAUCCAGAAAAUGAGUGUGAUACCAGAAACUUUUUGAUUGUCGAGCAGUCACAAGAAGAGUUCAUGAAAAUUCCAAAAGGUGAGGAAAAACAUUUCUCUCGUUGUACUCGAGCCAACGUUGACAUUUAUUUCAGUUGAGAACACGGACGAUAACACGAUGGCCACCGAUGAAGCUCUGGCUGCCGAGGAAAAUCCGGCUUCCUCCGAGCGUUCAAAUGAAACUGUCCACAACAUGGAAUUGGAAGAGGCCCCAGUUCAAUCGUACUGCGUGCCACUCAAGAGCACAGACGAGAACACAGUGGUCACAGACGGAGCUCCACCAACCGUCAAAAAUUCGUCAUCCUCAGAGCAUUCGAAUGAAACCGACCUCAACGAGGGAGUGGAAGAUGUCCCAGUUCAACCGUACUGCGUGCCACUCAAGAGCACGGAGGACAACACGGUGGUCACGGACGAAGCUCUGCCAGCUGAGAAAGUUCCGCCAUCCUGCGAGCAUUCGAAUGAAACCGACCUCAACGAGGGAGUGGAAGAUGUCCCAGUUCAACCGUACUGCGUGCCACUCAAGAGCACGGAGGACAACACGGUGGUCACCGACGAAGCUCUGCCAGCUGAGAAAAUUCCGCCAUCCUCCGAGCGUUCGAAUGAACCUGUUCCUAACGAGGGAGUGGAAGAUGUCCCAGUUCAACCGUACUGCGUGCCACUCAAGAGCACGGAGGACAACACGGUGGUCACGGACGAAGCUCUGCCAGCUGAGAAAGUUCCGCCAUCCUGCGAGCAUUCGAAUGAAACCGACCUCAACGAGGGAGUGGAAGAUGUCCCAGUUCAACCGUACUGCGUGCCACUCAAGAGCACGGAGGACAACACGGUGGUCACGGACGAAGCUCUGCCAGCUGAGAAAGUUCCGCCAUCCUGCGAGCAUUCGAAUGAAACCGACCUCAACGAGAGAGUGGAAGAUGUCUCAGUUCAACCGUACUGCGUGCCACUCAAGAGCACGGAGGACAACACGGUGGUCACGGACGAAGCUCUGCCAGCUGAGAAAGUUCCGCCAUCCUGCGAGCAUUCGAAUGAAACCGACCUCAACGAGGGAGUGGAAGAUGUCCCAGUUCAACCGUACUGCGUGCCACUCAAGAGCACGGAGGACAACACGGUGGUCACGGACGAAGCUCUGCCAGCUGAGAAAGUUCCGCCAUCCUGCGAGCAUUCGAAUGAAACCGACCUCAACGAGAGAGUGGAAGAUGUCCCAGUUCAACCGUACUGCGUGCCACUCAAGAGCACGGAGGACAACACGGUGGUCACGGACGAAGCUCUGCCAGCUGAGAAAGUUCCGCCAUCCUGCGAGCAUUCGAGUGGAACCGACCUCAACGAGGGAGUGGAAGAUGUCCCAGUUCAACCGUACUGCGUGCCACUCAAGAGCACGGAGGACAACACGGUGGUCACGGACGAAGCUCUGCCAGCUGAGAAAGUUCCGCCAUCCUGCGAGCAUUCGAAUGAAACCGACCUCAACGAGGGAGUGGAAGAUGUCCCAGUUCAACCGUACUGCGUGCCACUCAAGAGCACGGAGGACAACACGGUGGUCACGGACGAAGCUCUGCCAGCUGAGAAAGUUCCGCCAUCCUGCGAGCAUUCGAAUGAAACCGACCUCAACGAGAGAGUGGAAGAUGUCUCAGUUCAACCGUACUGCGUGCCACUCAAGAGCACGGAGGACAACACGGUGGUCACGGACGAAGCUCUGCCAGCUGAGAAAGUUCCGCCAUCCUGCGAGCAUUCGAAUGGAAACCGACCUCAACGAGGGAGUGGAAGAUGUCCCAGUUCAACCGUACUGCGUGCCACUCAAGAGCACGGAGGACAACACGGUGGUCACGGACGAAGCUCUGCCAGCUGAGAAAGUUCCGCCAUCCUGCGAGCAUUCGAAUGAAACCGACCUCAACGAGAGAGUGGAAGAUGUCUCAGUUCAACCGUACUGCGUGCCACUCAAGAGCACGGAGGACAACACGGUGGUCACGGACGAAGCUCUGCCAGCUGAGAAAGUUCCGCCAUCCUGCGAGCAUUCGAAUGAAACCGACCUCAACGAGAGAGUGGAAGAUGUCUCAGUUCAACCGUACUGCGUGCCACUCAAGAGCACGGAGGACAACACGGUGGUCACGGACGAAGCUCUGCCAGCUGAGAAAGUUCCGCCAUCCUGCGAGCAUUCGAAUGAAACCGACCUCAACGAGGGAGUGGAAGAUGUCCCAGUUCAACCGUACUGCGUGCCACUCAAGAGCACGGAGGACAACACGGUGGUCACGGACGAAGCUCUGCCAGCUGAGAAAGUUCCGCCAUCCUGCGAGCAUUCGAGUGGAACCGUCCUCAACGAGGGAGUGGAAGAUGUCCCAGUUCAACCGUACUGCGUGCUACUCAAGAGCACGGAGGACAACACGGUGGUCACGGACGAAGCUCUGCCAGCUGAGAAAGUUCCGCCAUCCUGCGAGCAUUCGAAUGAAACCGACCUCAACGAGAGAGUGGAAGAUGUCUCAGUUCAACCGUACUGCGUGCCACUCAAGAGCACGGAGGACAACACGGUGGUCACGGACGAAGCUCUGCCAGCUGAGAAAGUUCCGCCAUCCUGCGAGCAUUCGAAUGAAACCGACCUCAACGAGAGAGUGGAAGAUGUCUCAGUUCAACCGUACUGCGUGCCACUCAAGAGCACGGAGGACAACACGGUGGUCACGGACGAAGCUCUGCCAGCUGAGAAAGUUCCGCCAUCCUGCGAGCAUUCGAAUGAAACCGACCUCAACGAGAGAGUGGAAGAUGUCUCAGUUCAACCGUACUGCGUGCCACUCAAGAGCACGGAGGACAACACGGUGGUCACCGACGAAACUCUGCCAGCCGAGAAAAAUCCGUCAUCCUCCGAGCAUUCGAAUGGAACCGUCCUCAACGAGGGAAUGGAAGAUGCUCCAGUUGAACCGUACUGCGUGCCACUCAAGAGCACGGAGGACAACACGGUGGUCAACUACGGAUCACCAGCAGCCAACAAAAAUCUAUCAUUCAUCGAGCGAUCGAAUGGAACCGUCCUUAACGAGGGAAUGGAAGAUGCUCCAGUUGAAGAGUACUGCACGGUGGUCACCGACGAAUCAGAACAAUCCGAAAUAAAUGCGGCAUCCUCAGACCGUUCAAAUGGGAUCACUACAAGAGAUGUCGAACAGCCGCUCGAGGAUCUGGAAGCAUCGUGUGAUGCCAGACACUUCUUCACUCCGUUCCCUCGCUCACCGGUUGCGGAGAAUUCGGCCACACAUAAUUUGAAAAUUGUAGCACAGCCACAAGAAGAGUUGCUGCACAUUCAGAGCGUUCCACCUGUUGAGAGUGAGUUUCAAUUUUGUCGAACUGAAUUCAACGUUGAUAUUUAUUUCAGUUGAGAACACGGACAAUACGGUGGUUACAGACCAAACAGAAUCAGCCGAGGAAAAUCCGACUUCCUCCGAGCGUUCGAAUGAAACAGUCCCCAACAUGGAAUUGGAAGAGGGCCCAGUUCAAUCGUACUGCGUGCCACUUAAGAGCACGGACGAAAACACAGUGGUCACAGACGGAGCCCCACCAACCGUGGAAAAUUCGUCAUCCUCCGAGCGUUCGAAUGGAACGACUGAACCCGUUUCAGAGAAUGUUGAGCAGCCACAAGAAGAAGAGCUGCAGAAUCAGAGCAUUCCAUCCGUUGAAAGUGAGUUGCUAUUGAUCACUUGCAGCAGAAAAAAAAACAUACGAAUUUUCAAUCUAUAAAAAUGUUGAUCAUCAAAUCAAUGUUAAUGUUUAUUUCAGUUGAGAACACGGACAAAAACACGGUGGUCAUCGACGAAGCAACAAGAGAUGUCGAACAGCCGCCCAAAGAUCUGGAAGCAGAGUGUGAUGCCAGAAACGUUUUCACUCCGUUCUCUCGCUCACUGGUUGCGGAGAAUUCGGCCACACAUGAUUCAAAGAUUCUAGCGCAUACGCAAGAAGAUAUGCUUCCUAAUCAGAGCGUUCCACUCGUUGAGCGUGAGUUGUUAUUUUAAUUUUACUCAAAACAACAUUGAUAUUUAUUUCAGUUCACAACACGGACGAGAACACGGAAAUUACCGACCAAACAGCAGUAUCCGAGGAAAAACUGUCAAACGACAAUUACUUUGAAAAUGCUCCUGGGGAACCAAAUCGCGUAUUACCUCAAACUAUGCAGAGCACUCACGCGCCGGAUUCAUCGCAUCUUCAUGAAUCUCCUGACGCCAUUCCGGGAUCGCCCAAAUUGCCUAUGGCCGACAACUGUUCGCCACCUUUGGAUAUCGCACAUGAGAAACUUCAAGAAGAGGUCGUCUCGAAGGCCUCCGUAGAUCCACAAGAUGCCGAGAGACUAGAAGAUGUUGAAGAAGCAUCGGAUAGGAGUGAGGAACUCCAAAAGAUUGAGGACAAGCAAGUUGAGGAGGUUGUUCAAAAGUUAGAUGACCGAGACGAAGAAGCUCGGAACGAUGACCAAGAAGCCUCGGAAGAACCAAAAGAAAUCCGUUACGGACAACGAAAAGAAGACGAUGUUCGUUCUGCAGUCUUCACGAGAGAAGAAGACGGCUCUAAUGAUGCCAAGCUCCGGGAAGAAGAAAACGACCAAGAUGAAGAGCGCAGUGGUGGCAAAGAAGACAAGCCGAACGAGACCCGUGGAGAAAACGAUGGAGAUCUCAGAAAAGAUGGUCAUCGACAAGUAGAUGAGAAAGAAGUAGGACUGCAAGGUCGUGAAGUCUUUGUCAAUAAUGCAGAGCUGCAGGACGAAGAAGUCGAGGAUGUGCCUGAUGCCGAUGAUCUCAGCGAAGAAGAAAAACGUCGUUUGAAAGAAGUUGCUGCCAAGCUAACUAAGAAUUAUGAAGAAUCAGAUAAGAAGCGCAUCUUACGUACACUGUACAAUCGCAAGACGUUCGAGGUCCAUCUGCAGGGCGACAAUCACGAGUUGGACAUUAACUUCACGCUCCCGGUUGCUCUCUCAACGCGAUCAAUUUGUACCUUGCACAUGACGUUGAUAAAUGCGGAAGUCGAGGCUAAAAUCAAUGAAGAACAUCUUUUGCAAGAGGUGGAUGCUUUCCACACAAAAGGUGUUUUCGGAAGGAAGAACAUCUUGAUUGAAUUCGAGGAACACGUCCGUGAACCGGGCGAUCCGGAGUGGAACUCGUUAAACGCCGAACAGAAAAAUCGACGGCUGACCCUUCCGAGCGACCCUCACAUUGCCCGCGCCACCAAGAAAGAACUGGACAGCGAAGAACAGAAAAUUUUUAAACCACUCUUCAACUCUAUAUCGGAUCAUUCGAAAAUGUCAAGUGUGCGCAGAAAGGAUUCUGAUCCGGAAGCCGCAACCGUCAGACCGAAUUCAAUUAAAAGUAGUGUUCUUUUACAAAUUUAUUUUAAUUUAAACGUGUACUUCAUGUUCUCUGUUUACAGGUUUUUUCGCGGAACCUGCUGUCGAUCCCACCUCGAGAUGCGAUCUCACCCGAAUAACAAUUAUUUACGGAACGCUUGUCAGAAAUCGAAGGCCAAUGCUCUCCGGGCCGGAAUCGAGUGUGAUGCUUGAAUACGUACCCGGCAUGUACGCCUCAGAUCUUCGCAACGUCAAAAAGUUCACUGUCAGUUUUGUUACCCAAUAUUCAUAUUCGCUAAUAUCAUUGUUUUCAGUGUCUAGAUGACGUAGAACUCAACUUGUUCUCACUGCUCCUGCUCCUCCACGCAACCACUCUUCAAGGAUUCGCCUGGCGCGAACGGUUCAGAACUAUGCUCGAACUCUGCUACCAUCUCGCGGCUCGAGGAACAUUCGGAAACAUUGAGUGCAUGCCCGAAAGACUUACUGCAGUGCGCGAUUACCUCUUUCCAGCGAGGGUGGAGCCCGGUGCCACCCCAACAGAUGAGAUUAUUGAGGAAGUUAUCAAGAGACUCAAUAGGGCCCUGUCUCUUUUCAAUCGUUUCCCGUCGCUGGGUAUCUUCAAAUUUCUCUUUCGAUACAUCACGGAUAAAAUGAUCAAGUUUCCAAUGGAACGGUAUGCAGAGAUUAAUUUAAAUGAACGAGCACUCACGAUAUCCGCUUUGGAUGAAUUCUUCAAUCCGUCAAACUCAUCUGAUUGGACCGAUAUAUACUGUCACAAGUGGAGACCAAAUGUUUACAAGCUCGAUUCGGUUACGGAGAAUGUGUUGGCCGCGGUGAAAUUGGUUCUGAAGACCAACGGUGCCAAUACGAGAAUAAGGGAUGCGAAGAGAAAGGAGAUAGAGGCUAAGAAGAAAGCGAGACAAGAAAAACCGAAGAGAAAGAGAGCUUCUCGAAAGCGUGCUGCUAGAUCAGAAAGCGACGGUACCGUGUCUAAUGAUGCUGAGAAGAACGACGUGAUUGUUCCGAAACGUUCAAGAACAACUGAAGCGAUGCAGCCUACCGAGCCAACGCCAAGAGAUGCGCCUGAGUCCAAUGAUUCCUCAGCCGAGGCACCGAGCACCAGUGCCCUCUCGGAGAUAUCACUCAGAAGUCGCACUAGGACCAGGAAGCGCCCUUGCUAUAGGCCAAUCGACGACGAUGAAUCACCUCCACCACAAAAGAGGCGAAGAGGUCCACGAAAGAAGAAGGAGGUUGAGAAGGUUGUGGAUACAGCUGAUGAGGAUGUCGUGGAGGUUGACGAUGAAUCGCCUCCACCACAAAAGAAGCGAAGAGGUCCACGAAAGAAGAAGGAGGUUGAAAAGGUUGUGGAUACAGCUGAUGAGGAUGUCGUGGAGGUUGACGAUGAAUCGCCUCCACCACAAAAGAAGCGAAGAGGUCCACGAAAGAAGAAGGAGGUUGAAAAGGUUGUGGAUACAGCUGAUGAGGAUGUCGUGGAGGUUGACGAUGAAUCACCUCCACCACAAAAGAAGCGAAGAGGUCCACGAAAGAAGAAGGAGGUUGAGAAGGUUGUGGAGACAGUUGAUGAGGAUGUCGUGGAGGUUGUCGAAGAGAAUACCGCUCCUAUCGUUGUUGAGGUGGCUACCGCUCCUCCCGUUGAUGUGAAUACGGCUCCUAUCGUUGUUGAGGUGGCUACCGCUCCUCCCGUUGAUGUGAAUACGGCUCCUAUCGUUGUUGAGGUGGCUACCGCUCCUCCCGUUGAUGUGAAUACGGCUCCUAUCGUUGUUGAGGCGGCUACCGCUCCUCCGGUUGAUGUGAAUACCGCUCCUAUCGUUGUUGAGGCGGAUACCGCUCCUCCGGUUGAUGUGAAUACCGCUCCUAUCGUUGUUGAGGCGGCUACCGCUCCUCCGGUUGAUGUGAAUACCGCUCCUAUCGUUGUUGAGGCGGCUACCGCUCCUCCCGUUGAUGUGAAUACCGCUCCUAUCGUUGUUGAGGCGGCUACCGCUCCUCCCGUUGAUGUGAAUACCGCUCCUAUCGUUGUUGAGGCGGCUACCGCUCCUCCCGCUGAUGUGAAUACCGCUCCUAUCGUUGUUCAAGCUACUGCUCCUGUCGCUGAUGAAGUGAGUUAACUCCCAGUGUGUCAAACAUACAACUUCUAAGUAUCUGCAGAGUGUCCCUGUUAUAACGCGCAGAGGCAGAGGCCGACCUCCUGGCUCCCGUUCAAAGAAGUCACCGCUCGAGUUCGUACCACGCAGAUCCCUUCGAACAAAAUAACAACCUAAGUACAAUGUGAAUGCCAAAAUCCCUGUUGCUGCUGCUGAUGCUGAGAAUGUCAAUAACGUCGUUGCUGCCGACGUCACCGGAACGCCAAUGGACUGCAAUGCUGCAGCAGGAUCAUCUUUUGUCUCGGCCUAACUUCAGUAAUAUCAGCAGGUAAUUCCUCAACCUCAAUUUACAAAUAUACUAGUGUCUACUUUACAGAUUUCUACACAUAA